CUCGUUACUUUGAAAGUGAACAAAAAAUUCCAGCCCACUCGAAGCAGAUAGAGCUUCCCCAGUGAUUGCCUAGUCGCGAACCAACAACACGUACAACCCUACGAGAGCUCACCAUCAGAACUCAAUUUCUAUUCCUCCUUCCCAAACUUAAAUCCAACUUCCGACUGAAAAUGGCGACGGCGGUGCAAACCGGUGGCAACCAGUCAAAUGCCGCCUUCAAAGAUAAAGAGAAGCCGAUGGCUGUCCGGUCUGCCAACAUCGUUGCGGCGAGAGCUGUCGCCGAUGCUAUCAGAACCUCUCUCGGACCGCGAGGCAUGGACAAGAUGAUCCGAAGUGGGAAGGGCGAGACCAUAAUCACAAACGACGGAAGUACAAUGCUCAAGAGCAUGUCGGUCUUGCACCCUACGGCGAAGAUGCUUGUGAACCUGUCAAACGCCCAAGAUGUGGAGGCUGGAGAUGGCACAACAUCAGUAGUGGUUAUCUGUGGCAGCCUGCUGGGCGCCGCAGACCGGUUACUAUCCAAGGGAGUCCAUCCUUCGAUCAUAUCCGAGGCCUUCCAGAGAGCGGCAGCCGCCGCGGUAAAGGUGCUCCACGACAUGUCGCUUCCCAUCUCCCUGACAGACACCGCUGCUCUCCUCCAAGCCGCCAAUACGUCGCUCUCCUCCAAGAUCGUGUCACAAUACUCGAACCUGCUCGGUCCCAUGGCCGUAAACUCUGUUAUGAAGACAAUAGACAUGAAAUCAGCGGACAAUGUCGAUCUCAGGAACAUCCGGAUAAUCAAGAAAGUGGGAGGCACAAUCGAGGAUAGCGAGCUGGUGGACGGAUUGGUCCUCACCCAGCCAGUUAUCAAGAGUGCCGGCGGGCCUCUGAGAAUGGAGAAGGCCAGGAUCGGUCUGAUCCAGUUCCAGCUGAGCCCCCCCAAGCCAGAUAUGGAGAACACAAUCUCCGUAAAUGACUACAGGCAGAUGGACAAGAUCGUCAAGGAAGAGCGCAUGUACCUCCUCAACAUGGUGAAGAAGAUCAAGAAGGCGAAGUGCAACGUGCUCUUCAUCCAAAAGUCCAUCCUCCGCGACGCGGUGAACGACCUCUCCCUCCACUUCCUCCAGCGCCUGGGGAUCCUGGCGGUCAAGGACAUUGAGCGCGACGAGGUCGAGUUCAUCUGCAAGUCGACGGGCUGCAAGCCCAUCGCCGACAUCGACAGCUUCACCGAGGACAAGCUCGGGUCGGCCGACCUGAUCGAGGAGGUCCAGAGCUCGGGCAGCCGCAUGGUCAAGGUGACCGGCGCCAAGGCGACCGGCAAGACGGUGUCCGUGGUCGUCCGGGGCGCCAACUCCCUCAUCCUCGACGAGGUGGAGCGGUCGCUGCACGACGCCCUGUGCGUGGUGCGCUGCCUGGUCAAGAAGAAGGCGCUCAUCGCCGGCGGCGGCGCCCCCGAGAUCGAGAUCGCGGCCCAGCUCAGCCGCGCCUCGCGCGAGCUGGCCGGCACCGAGUCCAUCUGCUGGAAGGCCUUCGCCGACGCCAUGGAGGUCAUCCCCACCACGCUGGCCGAGAACGCGGGGCUCAACAGCAUCAAGGUCGUCACCGAGCUGCGCCACCGCCACGAAAUGGGCGAGCGCAACGCCGGCGUCAGCAUCAAGAGCGGCGGCGUCAACGCCAACAUUGCAAAGGAGAACGUCCUCCAGCCCCUGCUCGUCAGCACCAGCGCCAUCGAGCUGGCCGCCGAGACCGUGAAGAUGAUACUGCGGAUCGACGAUAUCGCCCUGAGCAGGUAGAUGGGAUGGGAUGGGGGCGAGAGAGGGAGGGGUUAUUAAGACGGGCCUGGGGCUGGCUUGGGGGCCUCUUGUGAGUGGGUGUAGGACUAAAUGGAGAGGCCAAGAAAUGACCAUACAGAAAGGGAAGAGAGUGAUAAAAACGAGGGGUUGACAAAUCUUUACACUGUAUGGGAUACAACGCCUCGCAACUAGACAAGACUUCUCGAACACUUAAGUAAUGCAAAUGGCCCGUCGAACGAAAGCCGAGAAGGGGAGGAGGCAAGAGAACUUUGAGAUGUGGCCCAUCCAUCUUAUAGGGGUAAUACCCAUUCGCGAAAGUCGAUCAAUCUGCUCUGAAUUAUCAUCUGAUCUGCCGGC